GCAGGGACCAGGGGGACUGGGACGCCCCCUUCAGCAGGAGCCGUCGGGGGGCGGACCCGAGAAGCGGCCAGCAGCCCCACUGGAGCCAGGCGCAGGGUCUGGGACGCAGUUGCCGUUGGAACGCAGAGGGCUGGCUGGGCGCCGCGGAGAGCGGCAGGCUGGGCCGGGCCUCGCCUCCGGGGUGACAGGCCCUACGCUGGCCGGGAAGAAAGACAGGAGACCGGCAGGCAAGAGACCGGACCUGGAGUGGGGGCGAUUGCCUCGCUCCCUUAUGUGAGAGGUGGGAUCCCAGAAAUGUAGAGCAACGUCUCCCCCAUCCUAAGAAAGACACUUGCUUUCCGGAGCAGCAGCCUUUAUCUGAGACAGCACUGCCGGGAAGGGGUCCUUGGAGCCUGGAACACCGCCCCUCCGUCAUUUCACUGAGGCCUCUGGGCCCACAGCGGACAGGGAGUUAGAAAGGAGGCCAGACAGCCCUUGCUGCUCCCCUGGGGAAAGAAGACGUCCCCUGCCUGCUCCCAGGCUCAGGAGGAGCUGGGCCGGUCCUCGCGGGGCCCUGGCCCCCGAGGUGGCAGAGGCCAUGUCACGGCCAGGCCAGGGUGUCAUGAUGCCCGUGAAUGGGCUGGGCUUCCCGCCGCAGAACGUGGCCCGGGUGGUGGUGUGGGAGUGGCUGAAUGAGCACAACCGCUGGCGGCCCUACACGGCCACCGUGUGCCACCACAUUGAGAACGUGCUCAAGGAGGACGCCCGCGGUUCCGUGGUCCUGGGGCAGGUGGACAGCCAGCUGGUGCCCUACAUCAUCGACCUGCAGUCCAUGCACCAGUUUCGCCAGGACACAGGUACCAUGCGGCCAGUGAGGCGCAACUUCUACGACCCGUCGUCGGCGCCGGGCAAGGGCAUCGUGUGGGAGUGGGAGAACGACGGCGGCGCCUGGACGGCCUACGACAUGGACAUCUGCAUCACCAUCCAGAACGCCUACGAGAAGCAGCACCCGUGGCUCGACCUCUCCUCGCUGGGCUUCUGCUACCUCAUCUACUUCAAUAGCAUGUCGCAGAUGAACCGCCAGACGCGCCGGCGCCGCCGACUGCGCCGCCGCCUGGACCUCGCCUACCCGCUCACCGUCGGCUCCAUCCCCAAGUCCCAGUCGUGGCCCGUGGGCGCCAACUCCGGCCAGCCCUGCUCCUGCCAGCAGUGCCUGCUGGUCAACAGCACGCGCGCCGCCUCCAACGCCAUCCUGGCCUCGCAGCGCCGCAAGGCGCCCCCGGCCGCCCCGCCGCCCCCACCGCCCCCUGGAGGGCCGCCCGGAACGCUUGCCGUGCGCCCCAGCGCCACCUUCGCUGGCGCUGCGCUCUGGGCCGCGCCCACCACGGGCCCCACCGAACCAGCGCAGCCCCCCGGGGUGCCCCCGCGGAGCCCGAGCGCCCCCAGCGGUGCGCCCACCCCGGGCCAGAACAACCUCAACCGGCCAGGACCCCAGCGUGCCACCAGCGUGAGCGCACGUGCCUCCAUCCCACCUGGGGUCCCCGCGCUUCCAGUGAAGAACUUGAAUGGUACCGGGCCAGUCCACCCGGCCCUGGCAGGGAUGACCGGGAUCCUGCUGUGCGCUGCCGGGCUGCCCGUGUGCCUGACAAGAGCCCCCAAACCUAUCCUGCACCCGCCGCCAGUGAGCAAGAGCGACGUCAAGCCGGUGCCCGGCGUGCCUGGGGUGUGCCGCAAGACCAAGAAGAAGCACCUCAAGAAGAGUAAGAACCCUGAGGAUGUGGUUCGAAGGUACAUGCAGAAGGUGAAGAACCCGCCUGAUGAGGACUGCACCAUCUGCAUGGAGCGCCUGGUCACAGCAUCCGGCUAUGAGGGCGUGCUUCGGCACAAGGGCGUGCGGCCCGAGCUUGUGGGCCGCCUGGGCCGCUGCGGCCACAUGUACCACCUGCUGUGCCUCGUGGCCAUGUACUCCAAUGGCAACAAGGAUGGCAGCCUGCAGUGCCCCACUUGCAAGGCCAUCUACGGGGAGAAGACGGGCACUCAGCCGCCUGGGAAGAUGGAGUUCCACCUCAUCCCUCACUCGCUGCCGGGCUUCGCGGACACCCAGACCAUCCGCAUUGUCUACGACAUCCCCACAGGCAUCCAGGGCCCUGAGCACCCCAACCCAGGCAAGAAGUUCACCGCAAGAGGCUUCCCGCGCCACUGCUACCUGCCCAACAAUGAGAAGGGCCGGAAGGUGUUGAGACUGCUCAUCACCGCCUGGGAGCGGAGGCUCAUCUUCACCAUCGGCACGUCCAACACCACCGGCGAGUCGGACACCGUGGUGUGGAACGAGAUCCACCACAAGACCGAGUUUGGAUCCAACCUCACGGGCCACGGCUACCCGGACGCUAGCUACCUAGACAACGUGCUGGCCGAGCUCACAGCCCAGGGUGUGUCCGAGGCCAAGGCCUGAGGCCCUGGGCUGCCCACCUUCCCUCCUGCUUUGCCCCUUGCCUGGCACAGGCCUCCCUCCACCAGGUGCGUCCUCCUGGUGGCCCAGGGUCAGGACUAGGGAGGGCGCCUGCAGAAGAAGCCGGAAGCGUUCUGGAGAUUUGGCUGGUGGCCCUUGAGAAUGACGGGAAGAUGGCAGGCCGGCCAGCUCCAACCCGGAGAGGGUCGCAGCGAGAGUACCAGAAACCACAGCGACCUCCCUACCACAAAGACAGAGCCCCACCCCCACACACAAACACACGUGUCCUGUUGAACACAUGCACGCACACCCACGUGCCUCUACUUACCCCCAAUCUGGGGGGAAGAGACAGAAGACCCCUGUGACACCCCAUGUGGAUCCCAUCUGUGUCUCUUAUCACGUCUGUACAGGCUUGUCUGCCAGCAGGAGGAUUUGGGUCAAGCUCUUAGGAACCUGCAGCGGCUCCUAGGGGAGAAAGGGGCGCUACGGAAGCUCCGCUGACCCCGAUCUCUGCCAUCCAUCUCUGCCCCCAGAUUAUUGAACAGUUUUGCAGAGGGGCAGGCCAGAGAGGGGGUACUAGAGGCAUCUUAGUUUGUGCUUUUGUCUCCUCAUCCUCCUGGGGCCCUGGCCUCCCCCUCCCCACCGCCAUCCCCAGGCCUUCUGUCUGUCCCACAUAAAUGCACUGUCCCCUUUGCCCCCCGCCCCAUCCUCUCCAUCAACUCAUUCCCAACGUCAAGAUCCAAAGGCUGGAGCUUCUGCCUUCAGGAGGGAGAUGAGGAGGCCUAGCUUAGGCCAGCAGACCUACAAAGCAGACUGGAGAGCAAAGAGUCCAUUUCCCUUACUUGGAAGUGGGCAACGGGGUGGCUGAUGGUCUCAGCCAACCAGGGGCCUGUUGCCCAGGCAACUCACCAGCUCCGCCUCUGUUGAUUGGCUGCCUCCCUGGAAGUCAGCCAAGAUUUAAAGGGACGCCAGUGAUUGCUCUUUUGAAAA